UUAAGCUAUCUUGCUCCAUAUCCUUACAAAAUUCUAAAAACUGAUUUUUCAAUCUGAACAAAACCAAAACAAUCACACGUGAAAACGGUGUGAAUAUAAAAAAAAAAAAUUGCUUAAAAGAAGUGAAUCAUUGUUGUGCAAUUUAGUUCUUUUAUCUAACGUGACGCCUGAAUGUCUAAAACAUGAAUGAACAAGUUACUAAAGCCGCUUUUAAAGAUAGAGAAUAUCAACAAAACAUUAUUAAUGUUUGCAUUGAGCGUAAUUCGCUCGUUUAUUUGCCAACUGGAGCAGGAAAGACGUACAUUGCAAUUCAAGUAAUUAAGCACUUUUCGGAAAGUCUGAAAGCUUCAUAUAGCGAUGGUGGAAAGAGAUCAUUUUUCCUUGUCACAACAAUUGCUCUUGCAAAACAACAAGGUGAUCGUAUAAAACAUCUAAUGCCUUUUAAUGUUGCUGUUUUAACUGGUGAUAAUAACGUCGAUGACUUUGAUGCACACAAAUGGCUUGAUGUAAUGAACAAAAAUCAAAUUUUUGUGAUGACAGCUCAGUGUUUUGCCGAUGCAGCACUUAAGCAUACUUUUAUAGAUUUAAAGUCAAUAAACGUCAUUAUAUUUGAUGAGUGCCAUCACGCGACGAAAGGUCAUGUUUAUCGUCAAAUAACGCAGGCUUUUAAGGACAGAGAAAUUGUAAUAAACUUAAGAAUAAUUGGGCUUACCGGUGUUUUAGUUGGAAAUAGCAAAUCAUGUAAACCUCACACUGUUGUAGAAGAGUUGAAGGAACUUGAGAGUAACUACCAAAGCACCAUUAUCACAGUUAAUAAUAUCGACGACCAAAAGAAUGUCUUACUUUAUUCAACUAAAUCAAAAGAAUAUUUCAUCGCUUAUGAUUUAGAGCAGAUUAAUGAGUGUUUAAAAGUAAUUAAUGCACAACUAUUUAAACUACGCGCAUAUUUAGAACCAAUUGAAUUAAAUAAAAAUGGUUCAUUGGAAGUCCCAGUAAAAAUACAGAAAUUAAUUGAUUUACUGGAGGAUUAUAUGUGUCAGGUCAAAGCUCUCGGAUGCUAUGGAAGCUUUCUAGCAUUAUUAGGCAUUUUGGUACAACUUGAACUGACUAAAAGAUUUGCUGAUACAGAAAAGUUUCGUACGAUUGUAAAAGCAUGCAUAUCGAACAUUGAGUCCUGUGUUAACUAUCUAAAACGCGAAGUGAACUUGGAAACAAAAGAUGCAGCUACAGUGAUGAAAAAUUCAUCAUCAAAAGUUCAAAAAAUGCUUCAUUUGUUAAAAAAGUUUUUUGAAGAUCCAAAUCGAGACAUGCAGUGCUUGAUUUUUGUUAAAAAACGUUCGACUGCAAAAAUUCUUUAUCACCUGAUUAAAUGUUUUGGGCACGAUGAUCCGAAUUUUCCCAUAAACCCUGAUUUUGUUGUUGGACUAAAUAAUUCUAUGCCUGAAUCAAUUGAGUCAAUUUUAAGUUCAUCGAAUAAUUCCUUAGCAUUAGAAAAAUUUGAAAACAAGGAAACUAAUGUCAUAGUGUGCACAAAUGUUUUAGAAGAAGGAAUUGAUUUGCGAGCAUGUAAUCUCGUGAUAAUGUUUGAUCCACCAGAAACUCCACGAAGUUAUGUUCAAUCACGUGGAAGAGCUAGAGAUGAUCAAAGUAAUUAUGUGAUUAUGGUGGAUAAUGAAAGCAAGACUAAAUUCGACAAAAAGUUUUUGGUUUGGCAACAAAUAGAUUUUGAAACGAAAAAGCAAUUAAUUGGACGUACAAUUGAUCGACCGCCACCAAGUGAAGAGGAUAUUAAAAAGGAACAAAUUCAAGAAUGGGAUCCAUUCUAUACAAAAGAAGGAGCUUGCUUAACAGCUUUGAAUUGUAUCGCGACUUUAAAUCAAUGCACACAAAGUCUUCCAGGUGAUCGUUUUACAAGCCCUAGUAUCUAUUGGACGCGAAAUGAUAAUAUUGAUGGUACAUUUAGUGUUAAUUUGACAUUACCAACACAAUCGAUGAUUAAUGAUCAAAUAAUUGGUAGUCCUCAGAAAAGAGUAAAAAUUGCAAAACAAGAUGCAGCUUUUAAGGCUUGUAAAUUGUUGUAUUCGAAUGGAAAUUUAACUGAAAAACUGUGUCCAGUAGAUAGCAAUAUUAAGAUUGAGGAAUUUAAUCUCAAAUAUUUUGAUCACUGGGAAAAAUAUGACAAAGAAAAUCCAAAGAAAGCUGGCACAAAAAAGAACCUUCGUUUACAUGACAUCAAAAUUCCUGAAGCAAUAAAAAACUGCGGACCGACUCUUGAAACAAAUUAUUUGUAUAAAAUCAGCAUCAAACCAAAGUUUGAAGACAAUGAUAGCAAUGCACUCAAAGUAUUUUAUGAACUGCUUGCAAAUGAAAAUACUUUUGGAAUUUUGACGAAAAAGCGUAUCCCAAAGCUGCCAAUAAUUAGACUUUUUCAAUCUUAUGGAGAAAUUGAGUGUGAAAUUAGUGGAUUACCAACAGCUGUAGACAUUGAAAGUGAAGAAAUUUUACAAAAACUGCAAAGAUUCCACAUUAUCAUAUUUCGAGAUUUGUUAAAAACUUUUCAAAACUAUUUUGUAUUGGACAAAUCGUCGUAUUUGCUAGUUCCUAUGAAUGAAGACAAUGAAAUUGACUUGAAGCUAAUCGACGAUUUUCAAGAGAUUCCAAAUCCAACUCUAUUGACAAAAACUCAAAUUGAAAAUAUGUCAUUUAAUUCUGAAGAUUAUAUUUAUAAGGUCGUUAAUCCUGUUUAUCAAGAUAAAGAUCACAUCUAUGUGGUAACAAACAUUAAUCAACAUAAGACUCCUUUGUCGACAUUUCCAAAUGACAACAAAAAAACAUAUGCAGAACAUGUUAAAAAAUUUAAAGUAGACAUCCAUCGCAAUGAUCAAUUCUUGAUUGAGGUCAAAGGAAUUAGUAUGAAACCGAAAUUAUUAUUUCCUGGUGCUGGAAUGAGUGACAAGGAGAAGAGAAAAGAUCAAACUAAUGAAUGUGUAGAGUUUAUCCCGGAAAUUUGUCACAAUUUCAAAUUUCCAGCAGAUUUUUGGUUAAAGGCAACUUUACUUCCAACAAUUUGCCAUCGAAUGAACUAUAUGCUGCUAGCUGAAGAGCUAAGACGUUGGCUGAUUAAUGCAGGCAUUGAUAUUAAUUAUGGCCAACAGAUUUACAAGCUUGAUGUUGAUAAAGGUGAUUAUGAUAAACAAAAAGAAGCAUUGACGUUUGCCGAACAUGAACCUUUAGAAAAAUUGGAUGAUUUUGAAGAUGCUUUGAUAAAAUUAAAGCAAAGAGAAGUAGAGGAUAAUUACAAAAGCAAGAAUUUUAAGACACAAGCUAACUUGAUUUGGGAUCGUUCAAUUUUGUCAAUUGAUUUGGAUCGAAACUGGUCAGAUAUUGCAGACGUUGAAAUUGAUUAUUAUUUUAACUUUAUUAGUGGAAAAAAGGAAAUCACAGACAUUCCAUUACAGAUGUUUAAAAGUCAACCUCAAAAUGAUUCCACAUCCAAUAGUCUCCCUUCCUUAAAAGAACAAGAAAUCGGUAAAGAUAUAAAAUUGUUGAAUUUGAACAAAUCUUCAAGUUGUAUACAGCAAAAGGAUUUGAUCAAAGUUAUAACAACAUCAAAAGCAGGUGACGUAUUUGACAUGGAAAGAUAUGAAGCUCUAGGUGACGGGUUUCUCAAAUUCAUUGUGUCAUUGUAUCUUUAUAAGACACAUGGUAACUGGCAUGAAGGACAUUUAACAGCAUUAAAAGGCAAAAUGGUUAGCAACAGAAAUCUUUAUUACAUCGGAAAUGAUUUUGGAUUACCAAAAAUAUUAAAUGCAACUUUAUUUGAUGUUCAAUCAUCAUUUGCUCCAUCGACAAAGUUACCAGCCAAUCUUAAAGAGGUAUUGGUAAAUGACAAAAGAUUGUUGACAUGCUUACUCGAUGUGACUAAAAGCUUAUCAAAUUCUGAAAUUGAAAAUGGCUUAAUGAAUGAAGAAAAUUUAGAAUUAUUCAGAACUCACCAAAAAGAUGUUGACGAUGAGGUAGCUGUAGAAAACGUCGACAGCUCGUUUAUUGGUUUCAUUGACCAGAAAGUUAUUGGUGAUAAAAUUAUUGCUGAUUGUGUUGAGGCAUUGCUUGGAUGUACAGUUUCGAGUGUCGGAAUCGAUGCAGGAUAUAAGUUGUGUCAGAAAUUGAAAAUUUUUCCAGAGACACAAAAUCUACUGACUGAAAAAAUCAAUCCACGAAUUAUUCAUGAAAAUGACUUGACAUUAAUUAACCGUGACGCAUUAGAGAAUAAAAUAAGCUACAGAUUUCAGAAUGAAAUUUAUCUGAUUCAAGCUUUAACUCAUGCCUCAUAUCCAAACAAAGCAUCUGGAACUUAUCAGCAAUUAGAAUUUCUUGGUGACGCUGUUCUUGACUUUUUGAUCACAUCGUUCAUAUAUGAGAACUGCCCAACGAUGGAUCCAGGAAAAUUGACAGACUUGAGAUCAUCACUGGUAAAUAAUGCAACUCUAGCAUGUAUUGUUGUUCGAAAUGACAUACAUACGCAUAUGUUUUAUGAAAACUAUGUAUUGUCUGAAGCUAUCAAGAAGUUUGCAAUUUUCCAAGAAAGCAAAAAUCAUGAAGUAACUGAUCAAGUUGAAUUAAUGAUUACAGAAAAUGACACAAACAUUGUUAAGUCAAUUGAAGUUCCAAAAGCAUUAGGAGAUAUCUUCGAAUCGAUUGUUGGUGCUGUUUUCUUGGAUUCGAAUUUAUCAUUGAAUAAGACUUGGGAUGUCAUUUAUAAAUUGAUGCAGCAUGAAAUCCAUAAAUUUAUGCAAGAUGUUCCGAUUCAAAUUGUUCGUCGCUUAUUUGAAUUUCAAGGGGGAAAAGCAGAACCUAAGUUCUACAGUCCUAAAGUUAUUGAUGGUGACGAAAACGUUGCUGUUCCUGUGAAAAUUAAGACACGUGAUGGAACCCAAAAACUGUUUAUUGGAUUUGGAAAGAAUAAAAAGAUUGCAAAGAUUGCUGCUGCAAAGAAAGCCUUAUCAGAGUUGAUGUAGAUAUUAGUAUUUUAAACAGUACCCGGACAGAUUGAAUAAUAUUGGGAGCAUUCAAAAUAA